AUGAAAGUCCUGCUCGUCGACGAUUCGAAAACGAUGCGCAACAUCCAGAAGUCGAUCCUCACGCAGCUCGGCGUCACCGCCAUGGAAGAGGCGUGCGACGGCCUCGACGCGCUCAGCAAGGUCAACAGCUUCUCGCCCGACCUCAUCCUCCUCGACUGGAACAUGCCCAACAUGGACGGGCUCACGUUCAUCAAGGAGUACCGAGGCUCCGGCGCCACCACGCCCGUCAUCAUGGUCACCACCGAGGGCGAGAAGUCCCGCGUGAUCGAGGCCAUCAAGGCCGGCGUCAACAACUACGUCAUCAAGCCCUUCACGCCCGACGUGCUCAACCAGCGCAUCAAGGAAACACUCGCCAAGGCGCAGGCCGCCUGA